AUGUCCUCAUCAGACCCUCACCGCGGCGGCACCCUCUCCGAAAUGGCCCCCCAGGGCACAUCCAUCCCUAACGAUGCCGGCAAACAAAACACCCUUCCCUCCGUCGCGCGCCCCGAACAACGAUCCGGGAACAGAGACUUCGAUAACCAGGGCCUCGGCGGCCCUUCUGCUGCCUUCGCGGCCGAUAAUGACACCGGACUGCCCCGGGGUCCGAAGGAUAUGGGACUUUCCGGAGAGGUGAUUACCGGCACGGGGGAUACUCUGCCGGCAGAGGUGGAAUCGAAGUGGAAUCAGACUGGGACGAACGAUCCUGGUGCGAAGGGGGAUACGCGGAAUUUGAAGCAUGCGCAGUUGAAUCGGAGUGGAUUUGAGAGGAAUGUUGAGGAUGAGGAGUGA